CUACAUGUGGGUGAAAUGAGUAGAAGUGAGUUAAAUAUCUCGAGAUGGUUGGAAGCCCAUUCCGACAGGUCUGCAGGUCUCACCACCUUACCCGGAAACGCAAUUCUGGCAGACGUUGUUGGUGAUGGAGAUUAUAGACUAGUCAUAACCGACAUAAAGCUGGAACAAGACACCAGAAGCAGACUAAAAGUCUACAAAGGCACUCUGCUCACUUCUGAUCAGAUCCUCCAGGAUAUACCCAGUUCUGUCAUCAGUGUCUACACUGAUGAGAUCGAACCAAGAAUCCCUGCCGUCGCUGUGGCUUGCGGAUCGGAUCUGUUCAUCUUUAAGAACAACAAACCGUUUUACAAGUUCAACGUACCACCAAUACCCCUUACCCCUCUGGAGUCUGAAAUUUGGAAAAAGUUUAGGGAGGAACCGAACUGUGACUUCGAAAAAUACAUCGACGACCUGAAAACGGUGCCUUACAAUUUAUUAAGUCCAAGAUCACAACAACUUUUAAACGAACCAAAAAACAAAGUGGACGAGUUUAUUGGUAAAUACGUAUCAACUGAACCCACAAAAACGUCCCCCAUAACAUGUAUGACGUCGUUGAACAGGACAACACACGACAAACACGGAAUUUCUUGCCCUGUUUUGGCAACCGAAAGUGGGCACAUUUAUUUUUUAGACCCCCAAACUUUUUCAGUGUUGCACCAGGCCAACACUUGCAAUUUGAAAGCUACCCCAAGCAUUUUGAAAAGUACAGGUCUGUUUGACGUGGAAUAUCGUAUUGUUGCUGCAUGUCGGGAAGGCCACGUUUGCGUACUGAGAAGAGGCUGGCUUGAAGGGAAGAGCAUCAUUCAACUCACCACCGACAUAGUGGACAUGGUUAUUAAGCCGGGGGAUAAUUUUAUCAUUUUGGCCACCACUGAUAAAAUGUUACACUGUUACACCAAAAGAGGGCAAAGAUUGUGGUCGGCUAAAAUGAUCAACUCCGUAUCGUGUCUUAGUUUGGUGACUUUGAACCACCUGAGCACCCAUCUGGUGGCGGUGGGUUUAAAAGGCGGUUCGAUUCACUUGUAUCAAGGGAGACAUCCUGUCGAUUACACAUCUGUGCCAGAUACGCCUUCCGUAAUUACUUUCGGGCAACUGGGACAAGAGGAACAUGUUAUGGUCGUUAUUACUACAGCUGGCACAAUUAACUUUAAAAUCUUAAAACGAACGGCUGAUUUCAAUUUGAAUAGUCAAGACUCUCAAAGUUCACCAGCUUUGCAAGGCAAACCUUUGCCAUUACCCAAAAGGAGCAAGUUGUUUUUGGAGCAAAGCAUGAGAGAAAAGCAGAAUCCUAUUGAGAUGCAUCAGAAUUUCCAGCAGGAUCUGAUUAGGUUGCGCUUGACUUCAGCUAGAGCUUUGGUUCAGACACUUUCAGAUCAAUCUGGAGUUGGAAACGAGAAGGAACAAAUCAAAUUGUCUGCACAGGUUCUGGGAUUGGGUCCAAAAUUCACCUUAAUUUUAACACUAGAAAACAUGAACUGUGAAAAAUGUUUAACAGGUUUCUCCAUUACAUACCACACCAAACCAACUUUGUACACAUUAUCGUCCUACAUUAACUUGGUUCCGUUAAUCCCGCCUGGUUUGUCGUUUAAAAUUGAGACCAAAGUAGAAGAAAUUUUAUCUGAGGAGCCGACUGAUAACCAAAAUUAUAACGUACCUCAAAAUGGAAAUAUUAUCAGAGUUUUCGUGACCAGAAAAGGUCAAUCGCAACCUGUGUUAGCUGCCACCAUAAAUAUGCCACCCACUGAAUUACCCUUUGCUGUAUAA